CUCUGUCAGUGUUACCCAGGAAGGCCUCUCCUUGGUUUGCUGGAAGAAAGCCAGCUCCUUGGAAGGCGCGGACACCCUUUGGGGACUGCACCCCGGAGGCGCGAGUCCCGCACCCUUUCCCAGUUCCCAGCAGUGGACAUGGGCUCUACCCGCCCUGCGGCCUUGCCUUUUCCUUAGCGAAUGGGUGAACUUUGGCUGAAAAGGGCCUUUUCCUUUUGUUUUUCCGUUCGGACUUCCUUGGACGCGGGCAAGAAUUAAGGAUUCAGAAAUAACCACGGAAAAGACAGAAAAGCUCCUGCUAAGAGGGACUUUGGUGGACAUGUCGUCCGGGUGGGUGGCGAAGGCCCUGUGCAGACACCGCGGCGACUAAGAGGCCGGGAGGGAUGAGGGGGUGGGCGAGAAAAUGGAACCAAGAGAACUGGCGCAGGAAAGCGGCCGGCGGCCGGACGAAAACAGAAGUGAGCUUGAACAUCUUUGCCUGUAUGAAGUCCUGCAUUCUUCCUCUGCUACAAAUGAACCAUUCAGCCGGGGAAAUGUCUGAUGAGGAGAUCAAAAAGAAGACACUAGCUUCAGCUGUAGCCUCUUUAGAAGGGAAGUCACCAGGGGAAAAAGCAGCAAUCAUACAUCAGCAUCUUGGUCGUCGAGAAAUGACAGAUAUGAUCAUUGAGACCAUGAAGUCCAACCCAGAUGAGCUGAAAGCCACAAUGGAAGAAAGGAAGUCUUCAGAAGCAUCUCUCACUGCACAGAGAAGUAAAGAUCAAAGUAUAGAAUGCAUAAACGCUGCUCCCGAUUCUCCAUCCAAACAGCUUCCAGACCAGAUUUCGUUCUUUAGUGGAAACCCAUCAGUUGAAAUAGUUCAUGGUAUUAUGCAUCUAUACAAGACAAAUAAGAUGACCUCCUUAAAAGAAGAUGUGAGGCGCAGUGCCAUGCUGUGUAUUCUCACAGUCCCUGCUACAAUGACCAGUCAUGACCUUAUGAAGUUUGUCGCCCCAUUUAAUGAAGUAAUUGAACAAAUGAAAAUCAUCAGAGACUCUACUCCAAAUCAAUAUAUGGUGCUGAUAAAGUUUAGUGCACAGGCCGACGCAGAUAGUUUUUAUAUGGCGUGCAACGGCCGCCAGUUCAACUCGAUAGAAGAUGAUGUUUGCCAGUUGGUGUAUGUGGAAAGGGCUGAAGUACUAAAAUCUGAAGAUGGUGCCAGCCUCCCCGUGAUGGACCUGACGGAGCUCCCCAAGUGCACGGUGUGUCUGGAGCGCAUGGACGAGUCUGUGAAUGGCAUCCUCACCACGUUAUGUAACCACAGCUUCCACAGCCAGUGCCUGCAGCGUUGGGACGACACCACGUGUCCUGUGUGCCGAUACUGCCAGACUCCAGAGCCAGUAGAAGAGAAUAAGUGUUUUGAGUGUGGCGUUCAGGAAAACCUUUGGAUUUGUUUAAUAUGUGGCCACAUAGGAUGUGGACGAUAUGUAAGUCGACAUGCUUAUAAGCACUUUGAGGAAACCCAGCACACGUAUGCCAUGCAGCUUACCAACCAUCGAGUCUGGGACUAUGCUGGAGAUAAUUAUGUCCAUCGAUUGGUUGCAAGUAAAACAGAUGGAAAAAUUGUACAAUAUGAAUGUGAGGGUGAUACUUGCCAGGAAGAGAAAAUAGAUGCCUUACAGUUAGAGUAUUCGUAUUUACUAACAAGCCAGUUGGAAUCUCAACGAAUCUACUGGGAAAACAAGAUAGUUCGGAUAGAGAAGGACACAGCAGAGGAAAUUAACAACAUGAAGACCAAAUUUAAAGAAACAAUUGAGAAAUGUGACAAUCUGGAGCACAGACUAAAUGAUCUCCUAAAAGAAAAGCAGUCUGUGGAAAGAAAGUGCACUCAGCUAAACACAAAAGUGGCCAAACUCACCACAGAGCUCAGAGAGGAGCAGGAAAUGAACAAGUGUUUGCGUGCCAACCAAGUCCUCCUGCAGAACAAACUGAAGGAGGAGGAGAGGGUGUUGAAGGAAACCUGCGACCAGAAGGAUCUGCAGAUCACCGAGAUCCAGGAGCAGUUGCGUGACGUCAUGUUCUACCUGGAGACACAGCAGAAGAUCAACCACCUGCCUGCUGAGACCCGGCAGGAAAUCCAGGAGGGACAGAUCAACAUCGCCAUGGCCUCAGCCUCCAGCGCCCCCUCUUCGGGGGGCAGCGGGAAGCUGCCCUCCAGGAAAGGCCGCAGCAAGAGGGGCAAGUGACCUUCUGAGAAACAGACGUCCCUGAGACUGGUUUCCCUGGCGCAGUGAGGGUGUGCUGGGGCUUCAGCUAAAUGUGAGGGCGGACCUUAAAUAAGUACAAGUGAGGACCGAGCUGCAGUUGUUUGGAUCUUUCAUUUGCUGGCGUGUGGUGUGAUAAACGUAGGGGGUUGCUGGCUAGGAGCGCCGAUGGAGAUGGGCCGUGUUUUAGAAGGUGGCUGCUGUUUUCAACCGUAGUAGUUCACUAACCUCAGACAUUCUAAUGACCAUUUUGCCUUCCUACUUGAUAGAAGCCCCAGCUCUGCUGUGCAUUUUUCCGUUGUAUUUAUUGAGUCCGUGUAUCUGACGUUCAGGUCUGGGGUCGGUUUAAGAUGUCGAAUUUUUUUUUGUAACCUCAAAGGUAACGUUACCUGAGGUCUAGCAGCUGCUUUAAAGAGAGGUUUGCACUGGCCGCUGAAGAUUUAUGAAAACUCCCCGGUGUUAGUCUGACGUCCUUGUCAUCCCCUCCCUGCGUCUGGGAAGAAGAAUUGGUUGAAUGUCAUAUGAAAAGAGGCUGGGCCUGUAAACCUUUAGUCACUAGCCUGUCACAGCAGCCUUCUUUUGCUCUAGGACUAGCCAGGAAAAACAAACAGCCCUGGGGCAGGCUGAGCAGACUCAGUGUAGGGAAAAUGGUGGUGCUUCUACUUUGUUUAUUUUCGAUGACUCCAGGCCACAUUAUGAACCUCAAGUAAAGAGGAGGCUGAAUGGUUGCUCUAAGACUCCGAUCUCAGAGUGGAUUUCCUAGCAUCUAGCAAGAAUCAGCAAGCGGAUUUAUCAUCCAUGUGAAAAUGGGCAGCGAGGCCUCUGACUAGCUGAUUGUGUAUUUUGCUAGGAUCAGUGUUUUCUGAAUGUUUACAAAAGAUUGGGCUGCAUGCUCAGGUUGCGGCUAGAGGGAGCUUGGGCAGAUUUUCAGUUAUGCUUUCAAGAUACAACCAAAGGCUGUUGCUAAAUCCGAAAAUUAGAAUUUUAACCGGGCCCCUUUAAAACAGUCGUGCAGUGCUCGUUGUGAGCCAACAGAGGGGCUGUGUACUUUCUCUAGAAACCUUAACGUCAAGCAAUUCAUAAUACGCAGUAAUUAAGCCAAGUUAAAGGAAGACCCGUGUUGGAAUUCAGCUUCCAGAAGGGGUAGCUGGACCCUGAAAUGAUGGGUUUUGUUUUCUGCUUUAGAAUUAGCCAGAGUUUUCCAAUGGUCACAUUUUAGAAUUGUUUUUAGCCUAUGGUUAGGCCUCAUCCCCUUUGGCGUAAAUGUCCUUCGUGUUCCUUGUUAGCACACAAACUGUAUUGCUAAUCACCAUCCAUUUUUGUGGGAUGCGCUGGAGCAUUUCCCAGAAACCCUCACCUGUAACUUUGUGAAAUGAAUGUACUCAGACAUUCUCAAAUUCUACUUAGGGCAGACCAACUCUGGAAGUGCCCCUUGGACUUACAUAUGCAGACACCUUAAAGCAAGAGUGGGAAUGUAAAGCGUAACCUAAUUCUCUUUCCUAUAGAGAUUCUAUUUUAUUUAAAAUCUAUUUUUACACUAGUUAGAAUCCUGCUUUUUUGGCCAAGUACUUGUCUUGCAUGUCUGACCUUGCAGAAGCUGGGGUGGAUCGUAGCAUACUAAUUACGAGAAUUAGAAGUAGUUUACAAAGCUUGCUCGUUCCUCAUUUUCCCAUGAUCACCUCCACCAAGCAGCCCCACCACCAGCUGGGGGAACAGAGGUUUUCAGUACAGGUGGGAUAAGUGCCCUGAAAGGCUGUGCCCAGAGGAAUGAGCAAAUAGGCAAAUGUUUCCAAACUACUUGAAGGUUUAAAAAUGUUUUCCAGAAAAAAAAGCAUCUUAUCAAGAUACAUAAAGAAAGUGUUUUUGAAAAAGGUCAAAGAGUCAUGUUUGAUUUUGACAAAAUUACAUAAGAUAGAAACUGUUAGUAUUUUCUUCAGGAUGGAAAUGAACCACUUAAGAUAUCCGUACUACCUUGAACAAUGAAAUUGCAUUAAAAUAACCGAACUUUGAAAUGA